AUGAAUAUCCCUCGGGUGCAGGCCUCUAUGAGAGCGCCAAUCCGAGCCUCCUCAAGCUGGGCCGUCACAGCUCGUCGCGUAGCAUAUCAUCGCGGUACUCUUUCCCAACUUGGUCCAUUACCAGCAAGACUCUACCAAAGCAUGACCUCAGCAUCCAGGUCAUCGAGCUUCAAGCUACAAGAGCAACGUCUUCUAAAUAUCGGUUCUUGGGGAAAGAAUAUGGACAGUCUUAGAGAAUAUCUCACGUAUGACAAGCUGGACAGACUACGCAGUUUCUGGUUUGAGCAUUUGCCGCUGGAUACUGAUCGCAUUAUUGCUGCGUCAGAGUACCAAAAGAGGUGGUUCGUUUCAGACAAGCAAUUCGACAAUGUCUGCGUCGCUGAAUUUAGCCCUUUACUAGAGGCCAUUCGCAACACGGGUGUGACGUCUGGAAAACAUCUUCUAUCCAUCGUCAAACCUCGCGAUUCUCUAGAUUGGUUAAGUCUAAUCAUUCUGCUCGAUCAAAUCCCCCGCAACUCCUAUCGCGGCGACAAAGCUUCUGUAUGUUUUACUUACUUUGACCCUCUCGCUGUGCAAAUCUCCCUCGAAGCAAUCGCGCAGGGCAUUCCGGACAUGGCACCAGAGAUUCGAUGGGUGUUUUCGUAUCGUAAUUGGUUCUACAUGCCUUUAAUGCACUCUGAAGAUUUGUCGGUGCAUGAUGAGGCUGUGUCGGCGUUUAACCGCAUGAAGGAGGAUAUUUUGAGUCUGACGCAGGGAUCGGGAGGUACGGAUGAUUCCCGCGGCGCAAGCGUCGGUCCUGAAUUCGCACCAGAAUUCAAUACCGAACUACCUACAAUCCCAUCAACACCGACAACACGCAAGAGAAGCGCCGCCAAAGCCUCUUCCUCUUCCUCCUCCAACGGCGGUACAACAGCCUCGGCCAAGAAACGUCGUCUAUCCGUCCAAGAACCUAAAAAAUGGAACCACGCUCCCUCUUCAGCCACCAUCUUCUGGCUAGCUUUGUCUCUACCGCUCGUGGCUUGGGAUAGCGGUUAUGUCUUGGGUCGUCCGCAUACCAUGCCCGGAGGUCAAUACCAGUGGCCCUUGUACAUGCCGUACGCUCUGUACGGACAGGUUGAUCAUAUCUAUGGUUUCAAGGCGUUCGAGGCAAAGAAUGGGUUUACGGGUGCGCAGUCGGCUAUGAAUGUCGUCGAGAUGAUCUUGUACUUUAUGUACUUGUGGAUGAUCUGGAGACGGGCUGAUAAGAUAACCAACAAGAAGGAAAAGAAGAGGAGGACUGUUAGUGGAAGAAGUGGUGCUUUGGCUGUCCUUGUUGGAUUCAGUGCUGCUGUCAUGACUCUCAGCAAGACUGUUCUAUACUGCAAGUCAACUCGUGCACCAUCUAUAAACAAUACUAACAAAUAUCAUUUAGGGGCCAACGAGUACUUUAGCGAGUUUGGCAACAUCUCUCACAACACUCCCGUCGACAUUCUCACUCUCUGGGCUAUUCCCAAUGGCAUGUGGCUUAUUUUCCCAACGUACAUGGUUUAUGCUUUCGGAAGGGAUAUUCUCGAUGGAUUGACACUUGCUUCUGGUCAACCAGUGAAGCAAAGGACCGAAUAA